GUGAUCUGGUCAUCAUCGUUCUCCCGGUCCCCGUCAUCAGCAAUCUACAGCUCCCCUUGAAGUCCAAGGUUGCUCUGUGUGGGAUAUUUGCUGUAGGAAUAUUGUAAGUUCCCCCUACCAUAGCUAAAAUAGCAUGUGCAUUUCCUCCUAGAAAUCAGCACAGUUAAAUUUCUAACCCAAACCUAGCGUCUGUAUUACCUCCAUUCUCCGCAUCACAACCCUAGACAUCGCAACCUCCCACCUCGACAUAACCUGGAACAGCAUCGGCUCCUCGAUGUGGACAAUCAUUGAAUCAAACAUCGGUAUCAUCUGCGCCUGUCUCCCUGCCCUGCACCGCCCCCUGGUCUUCACCUUUCCUCGCCUGUUCGGUAAACUCCAGCGGAGUUGGGCGUACGGGGGUUCGAAUCGGUCGCGAGAGGGCAGAGGGAAACCCGUUGUCGCCGACUCAGUACCCAAGAAGAUGGCUGGAUGGAGUGUGCUUGAUGAGUCGGCGACUACCUCCGAGGAAGGGGGGACAACUCUGAGUCAAUCUCAGGAACAGGAAAAGGGGCAAAUAGAAUUAUCUCAGAUGAAGAGCGAGAUCCGGAAGACAACGCAAGUUGUCGUUCAGGUUGAGGGAAGGGGAGAAGGAGAUAUUGAGAUGGGUGGGGCUGAGCGUCAUAGGCGUAAUGUGGGGGAUAUGAGUUAAUGAUUGGUGUGAUAGUCGUUGGAGUAACGAAGUAACAAGUCAAAUCUUAAGGAAGCGUUACGUGUUGAUAAGCUCAAAUGCGCGCAUAAUUUCA